CAGGUCGGACUACGCGCAGGUCAGAAACAGCAACAUGCUGGCGCACUGGUCCGCGGUCUCCAGCAUCCGGAAGCCCGUGGUCGCCGCGGUCAACGGCUUCGCGCUCGGCGGAGGUUGUGAGCUUGCGAUGUCCUGCGAUAUUAUCAUCGCCUCCGAGGACGCGAAGUUCGGGCAGCCGGAGAUCAAGCUCGGAACGAUCCCAGGCGUUGGCGGCACGCAGAGACUGCUGCGAGCAGUCGGGAAGGCGAAGGCCAUGGACCUGAUCCUCACUGGCGACAUGCUCUCUGCUAGCGACGCGGAGCGUGCUGGCCUCGUUGCCCGGGUUACGAAGGCCGGCGGCGUGCUGGAGGAGGCGCUGAAGGUGGCGGAGCAAAUCGCCUCCUUCUCGUCGCCGGUGGUCAUGCUCGCGAAGGAGUGCGUGAACGCCGCCGCGGAGGUGCCCCUCGCGGAGGGCCUCAGGCU